CGAAGCGAAAUCACGAAAAACUAUUAUUAUAUCUCUAAUUCAAACAAGAAUCUUUUGGAACGAGUUUUAACAUACUUCUCCGUUACACACUGCCCUAAAUGGGCUGUUUCCAUUGGUUCUCAAACUGGAAAGGCAGUGAGCACUUAAAGUCACACGACAAAAAACUGUGUGUACCCCGAAGGCACUCCGAUCUAAGGCCACCCCCUGUCUGUCCGACACAGCCCGCGGCUCUAUCGGAUAAAUUUGCCGGUUCAGGUAUUCGUGAUAGCCUGUUGAGCGAAUCGAUACUAGCACAAACUGACCGCGAGAAAGUCAAAAGGCGAAGCCAAUACACUUCAACCGAUAGUUCAAGACGAUCUACUUCAACCAUAUCGCAUAGUGUCAGCUUUCGCCUAAGCUGUACGGACGUGGACCAUCUCACGCCGACCAUAAGGCCAUCACCUUACGCCAAACCUAAGGAUCGAGGCGUGAUUCGACGCCUGCGUCGUUUGGCGGAAAGCAUCCGCCUUUGGCACGAUAAACAUGGAAAAGAACUUCCCAAGGAAUACAUAACCAUUACACCCCCCUCACUUGCUAAGGAGCUAGACAAGAUUGAGGAGGAACAGUCGAAGAGCAAACGGGAAAGGAAGAAUCGACGUCUCUAUAUUUUGCAAAAGGAAAAGGACAAACAGAAACGGAAGAAAAAAGCGAAAGAUUCAUUGUUUGGCCGAUCGCCAAAAAAGGUUCUAAAGCCUCAGAAAAGCUCGCCGAAAUCGAAAGAUAAGUCAGGGUCAAAAGGAGCCCCGAAGUCUUCCAAACGGUCGCCGAAAGUGCCAUCCGAUUUCGAUGAUGGUCAACUUACAACCAGGUCACGGUGAAAUCGGCUUGAUCAAAUGUCCCUAUUUAGUUAGUAAAAAUAACAACGGAACGCAAAAUCAGCAAAGCUGCUAGCAAGCAUUGACUACAUAAACAAAAGUCGGCUCUAUAGGCGAACAUCUACUCUUUGGAUGAGAUUUAACAGCUAAUCAUAGACGUAGAAAUAAUUAAAAUCAUAGCGGUUUGCCAUUUCAGCCGAAAAAGAAAUGACGGUUAGUUAAAGUGAACGAUGCUUUUCAAUAUAUGUGCGCCUAAUGUAGGACGUUUAGACGAUCGGCAUAGGUCAGGCUUUUCAAAAAGAUAGGCCCAUUUUCUACAAUUUUCUACAAUGCAGUUCUAAUUUUCAUAUAUGUUUCCACUAAUAAAGUCCGUUGGUAUGCUAAACGCUCUGAGUAAUGCUACGUAGUAACAGGCACUAUACGUGAAAUACAUUCAUACUAAUUUAGAGAGAGACUAAUUUAGAGAGCGGAGAUUAGCUAAGCUGAGGGUACCAUUAUUUUGUUGUGCGAAAGCUCGCUGUGUAAUGGUAUCACUGCAAUCACCAGUUUUAAUAAUAAAAAUUCGUACGCUCUCAGACGGGUUUAACGGUAAUGGGUCUUGUUAACGUAGAAAUGUUUGAUGUACACCAAAUGCAACACUGUAACUUUUCAAUGUAGUGUGUCACUAGCUUAAUCGCUUAAUGGUUAUCUUGAUGAUAAACUCAUGUACUAAUGACGAUCUAGAGCCCUCUUUUCUUGUAAUAUAAGGCGACGCUAAUUAUAAUUGAGAUAUCAUUGGGAAAGCUGAAAUGCAGCCAAAUUGUGGCUUGUUCAAGCAGGCGCAUUAAUGCCUGCGCUAUCUCGUAAGCAGCAGAGCAGCUAUACGUACAAUAAAGGAGCAGUGAUAAUGUUUUAGUAAUUUCCCUUGUUUAUCGGAUAUUUCAUAGCUUUUCGUUUUCAACUAAACACGAAAAAUAUGUCGAAAUGAAUAGGAUUUGAAGAAGACAGUUUAUCGAUAAUGAAUGCGCU